GUUGAAUUGGACCAAAAUGAUCAAAUUAAUACCGAUAAUUCUCUAAAAGGUUUAUUUUAAAUCUUUAUAAGACCCGCCCCAUUUAUUUAUACGACUGAUCUAAUCCAUUUAUAAAUGUUUUUUUUUUUUUGACAAACCCUACCUCUCUCUCAGUAAUCCAUUGGAGCGCACUCAACGUUAUCCAUUGAAUCGCAGUUCACGUUCUCGGUUCAGCGCCUUCUAAUACUUGUAUCCCCCAUGGAAGAAAAUACUGGCGAAUAUUUUAUGAGUCCUGAAAGCCAAUUUGAAGAUAUCAAGUUCAAUCUUGGGUUUGACCACUCCCCAAGUACUCUUUUGGAAUGGGCUGAUACAUUUGAUCUUAUUCCUAAAUUACUUGAAGUAGAAGAGGCUGCUUUCCUUGUUCCAUAUUACAACUUAUUGACUGAAAUCAAAAGGCUUGCUGGUAUCGACGACAAGGAUCAGUUUGCCUCUUUCCUGAUAGCCAACCGUGAGUUGGUGCAGAAAUAUCCUCCAGAUAAGGUUUUAGAGUUGAUCUGCCAGCAUUCUGCUGUUGCUUGUGCUACUGCAUUGCUUGAAUCUGGACUCGAUGUGGAUAUAAAUUCGGUUUAUGAUACGGUAAUGUCCCCGUUGCACAUGGCGGCUCAUAACUUAUCUUAUGGCAUGACUAAGGUUCUUUUAGAUCAUGGAGCUGAUACUCAGCUUAAGCUUGAUGCUAAUGGUUUCGGAACCCCACUUAGUACUGCGCUCAGUGCAUUCAAGUGCGUGCCUCGUUCCCAAACCUUCCUGUUUCAUGGUUUCUUUAGUUGACUUUUAGGAGAUUUACUCUUGGGUUUGUGUUUUCAAUGUCACAGUAAGCUUAAAUAUUUUGAACAAGGUUGCACUGCUGAAAAUUCCAUCCUCAAGCUUUUCUACUUUUUCUGCUUGCCAGAAUUGGUGAUCAUCAACUUUUAUUGUUCUUUCCAGUCUUUAACUUACCACUCUUGAAAAUAAAGUUCCUGCUUUGACUUAGUCCUAUGCUUGGCAGAAAGAACCCCUUGAUACUAUCAGACUGCUGGCGUCACAUAGUCAUAAAGUCGAGGAUCUUUGCAUUGCUUUGAUGAAUCAUGGUUCUGCCCAAACAUAUGCUGUAUUAUUGUUGGUUGCUUGGGAUAAGCUCAUGGUCUCGUCUGCUGAGGGGGGCCUAGAGACUACCCCAGUUGGGCAACACAUAUCUCGGGGGUUAAGAAAUGCAUCAUACCUGCAUGAGAUAUGUGGUUUCACUUGCGAUAAGAUCAUAAUGGAAAGGGUGGUAAAGAAUUUGACGAUAGCAUGGCAUGUGGUCAAAACUAUGUCGAUGACUAGAGGUGUCCUUGAGCGCUAUUAUCACUCAACGGCUGAGGAAAACCUUCUCAGUAUUUCGUAUUUAUCUUCUUUAUAUCUGUUUUUUUUUUUUGGUUUAAAUCCUCCUCCAACCAUUUGCUAUUAUGCUACUCGAUGUUAAAUUGUUUUGAGGUGGUUUUCA